GAUUUGAUCUCAUAGGAGCAUUGUACUCCGUUCUGUUGACAUGUGGCACUACUUCUUUUGUGUUCUGUUGGCAUCCUUAAAUCAUUUGGCCAAUGCUAACAUUGAAUCUAAUGUCUUCAACUAUCCUAAUCUUCAAGACGAUGUCUUCGAACAACCCGUGAACAUGAUGGCACCUGCAAGGAAUCCACAUGCGAAGGAUGAAAAUAUUCAAGUGGAAGAGAAGAACCGUUACUCUGGCAUGCCAUAUGACUGGCCAUCAAUGGAUUCCUUCUUCAGUAACGAUGAUGCCCUCCAUGAAUACAAUCGUAUCAAGAGACGAGCUAAAAAACGACGCAAUCGAGUUAGUAGCCGACGUCACAGUCGGCCACGCAGUUCAACUACUUCCGAAGCAACUGAGGUGAAGAACUCUACUAGUACUGAGGUUCCUGUCGCCAGACGCGCUGAUCUCUGGGACCUUCACCAGAAAAGAUCAAAACGCAAGCGCUAUAAGAACAAAAAGGAUAGACAGAAUUAUGAAACUUACGAACCCUCUGUCAAGGAUUGGGAGUCAACAUUCGUGGAGAUGCCAAAAGACCUGUACCAGGCGCAUCUCAGACCUGGUGUCAUAUUCAGAAUACAUAUGGCUGAAGCUAUACUUAAAAUGCAGUAUAGAAAUUACGGUGAAGACAAGGAUGAAUCUGUGAUAGAGGCCGACGUGGAAUACCUUCGUCUGACGAGGAAGGUGAUCAACGAUGAAAUCACAAAGUUCGAAGACUUGAAAUGGCUGGUCGGCUGGUUUAGUAACCGUAGCGAUCUGAUACAAGAACAUAUGUGUAACACAAGAUAUUAUACUGUAGGCAUCCCACCGACAAUGUUCACACAUCCGGAGGAAUAUAUGAAGCGAGCGUGUCUGUUUGACAACGUGUAUUUGGACCACAUCCCUUACGUGGUGGGGGAGGAUGGAUCCCUGAUGGCAGCAGUGGCGCCUCCAGUACUACACUGUGAUGCUGCUACCUGUACUUCUGUACCAUUUAUUGAUAGCAUGAUGUUCGAGGAGAAACUAGCGCGAAGUAACGUGCGUACGGUGACUCGCUGCCAGGCGAGCUGCCGUGCGCAUUGCCGCAACGACGCAGAUUGCCUCAAGCGUUGCAGCGACAGAUGCUUCAGAGCAGACUAGACCCAUGUGGAACUCGUGAUAUUAUUCUCAAAUACAGAU